UCAAGAAUUUAGUUCAAGCUGUGACAGAAGAUGCGUUCUCUUCAUACCUAUGACGGACUCGCUGCAACGUAACAGUGUAACCCCCGCAAAUACUAACCAAAUAGAUAUUACCUACCUUAGGUGGGCGACUGUAGAUGCGAACACUUUCGGAAGAAAAAAAACUACUCAUGCAAUAAUGAAUCAAUAGAUAUGACAGCGCAUUUUCGUAUCUAGAUAGUUCAAACCCCCUUGUCAAUCGACUAUUGCUUGUCAUCUGAGAGCCUCAUAGAAGAUGUCGUUGCCCCCCAUCGAGCGCACUACUAUUGGAGAUGGGAUUUCCAUCCCUCGGAUGAUUUCGGGGCUAUGGCAACUCGUGGACGAUAAGAAUGUCGAUCUCGAUGCUGCUGCUCACGCAAUGAAGCUACUGGCGGACCUAGGGCUCGACUGUUUUGACAUGGCUGAUCACUAUGGAGAUGCUGAACUUGUUGUCGGCAGGUUUCGCGCUACUUCGUCUCAGCAUAUGCUCGCCUUCACGAAGUGGUGUCCGCCUGAAAAUGGUAUCAAGUCGUUUGAGGCAGCCGAGCAGGCCGUUGACCUUGCGCUGCGAAGGAUGGGUCAGGAGCAGAUUACUCUGAUGCAAUAUCACAUCUGGGAUUAUUCAGAUGACACGUACUGGCAUAACUUAGCACAUCUGCGCACUAUGCAACAGCAAGGAAAGAUUAAGCAUAUUGGAGUCACGAAUAUUGAUGCUGCACAUCUCGAGCUCUUGAUCGACACGGGCUUUGAAAUCACUACAAAUCAAGUCCCAUGUUCUGUAUUGGACCAGCGUCUUGUACGAGGAAGAUUAGCAUCGGUAUGCGAGAAGCACAAAGUAGGUGUGCUUGCUUAUGGCACUCUACUCGGCGGGUUUCUUAGCGAGAAAUGGCUCGGCCAGCCUGAGCCCGAAGAUAUAGAUGCCUUGAACGGUAGCCUUCGGAAGUAUCUUCGAUUCAUCCGAGUUGCUGGGGGUUGGGAACCCUUUCAGGGCUUGUUGCGAGCUUUGUCCACAAUUGCGCAUGCACACAAUGUCUCGAUUCCUGCAGUUGCAACCAGAUACGUACUUGAUAUACCUACAGUGAGCACAGUUAUUGUUGGCUGUCGCCUGACAUCAGAUUCGUCCAGAUACGCUGAAAGGAAUCUAGAGGUGUUCUCAUUCAGAUUGACUGAAGACGACCACGCCUUAAUACAGAAGGCGCAGCAGGCUCUCCUGGAUAUCCCGGGCGAUUGCGGUGACGAGUACCGAAGGCCACCUUAUCUGACAGCAGCUGGAGAUCUGUCGCAUCACAUUAACAUCGUUCAGAAUGACGAGCUGAGAGAAGCUAUUGCUACGGGCAGGAGAAUAGAAUAUUCCAUAGGGAGUCCGUGGGAGCCUAUCGCAGGCUACUGCAGAGCAGUUCGAACGGGUAAUCACGUCUGCAUUUCGGGGACAACGGCGAAUAGUCCAAGUAGCCUGAGUCUUCCGGUGCUCGGAAGACACUCAGCCCGAAGCCAGACAGUGGCCAUCUUGGAUAUCAUCAGCCGUGCACUGAAGGCACUAGGCGGCACACUCUCAGAUGUCGUGCGCACGCGAAUCAUCGUCAGAAACGAAGCCGACUGCAAAGAAGUCAGUCAGGCCCAUGGAUGGGUGUUCCAGUGCGAGGGUGUCCGGCCCUCGAAUACGUUGUUUGUAGCCAGUCUAAUUGGGUCAGAGUACCUGGUGGAAAUUGAGGCAGAAGCUCGUCUUGGAUCCGCCGGCGUUCUUCGGCUUUCGUCCUAACAAGGAACAACAAGGAACUAUCAACAGAGCUGAUUGCUGAAGUCCCAUGACUACAAAAUCAUCAAUUUUCCAUAUAGAAAUCCAAACGUGCCUGGUGCCUAAUUACAACUUUUGUUUUUGCUUUUGUAAGACGCAGCUGCUCACCAGCUGGUGUAAGUGAUCAUUUAGUCAGGUAGGUG